AUGCCUAAGAAGUUUGUUGGUAUGAAUUCGAAAGCUUCUGAAGCCAAAGCUCGACGAGAUGCUAUUAAGCAAGAAGCGGAUGCUCAAAAAAAAAAGGCGAUUGAAGAUGAAUUUUGGAAAGAUGAUGACAAGAACUCUGCCAAAAAACAAAAAAGAAAGGAGGAAAAAGAGAAGAAAAAAAUUGAUCAUAUAGAAAAGAAACGAGAAGCUCAAUUAUUAUUGGAAACUGAACUCAGUGAAAUUAAGACUACACAAAUCAACCAAAAAAUCACUAGGCAUCAACUUAUGAAAGAACUUGAUACUCCAUCAAAUCUUAAGUCUCAACUGCCAUUGGAAGUAGAAGAAGAAAGUCCAAUUGAGGAAAAUUUGAAUCGUUUGACUAUGCAUGAUGAAGAAGCACGAACAGUUGAUGAGGCUCUUAAUAUGCUAAACCCUGCUCAAAAGUUGUUGGAUAAACAUCCUGAAAAAAGGCUAAAAGCAGCAUAUACUGCUUUUGAAGCAGAGAAUUUACCAAGAUUACGUCUUGAAAAUCCAAGUAUGCGUCUGUCUCAAGUAAAACAACUAAUGAACAAAGAAUGGAUGAAAUCACCGGAUAACCCUAUUAAUCAGAGAUAUAACAAAAAAAAAUUAAAUUGA